AGGCCGGUGUGGCGGGCAGGAAGUGCGGGUGCGCGCCUGCGCAUAGGUCGGGUCGGCGGUGUCACCGCUUUCGCUUCUGCUUGAGUAAUCGAGUGAAAAAAUGAGCUUCAUCUGUGGAUUGCAGUCUGCUGCUAGAAACCAUGUUUUCUUCCGAUUUAAUUCACUGUCUAACUGGAGAAAAUGUAACACAUUAGCAUCAACCUCACGGGGCUGUCAUCAAGUACAAGUUAACCAUAUAGUAAAUAAGUAUCAGGGACUGGGAGUAAAUCAGUGUGACAGGUGGAGUUUUCUGCCUGGAAACUUUCAUUUUUAUAGGACUUUUAACAACAAAAGAGCAGGAGGCCUCUCAAGUACCAAAAGUAAGGAAAUUUGGAGGAUUACCAGCAAAUGUACUGUAUGGAAUGAUGCUUUUUCAAGACAGCUGCUAAUAAAAGAAGUUACAGCAGUCCCUAGUCUGUCAGUAUUGCAUCCUCUAAGCCCUGCUUCCAUAAGACCUAUUAGGAAUUUCCAUACUUCUCCACGGUUUCAAGCUGCUCCGGUUCCUCUCUUGUUGAUGAUUCUUAAACCAGUACAGAAGUUAUUUGCAAUCAUUGUAGGCAGGGGCAUAAGGAAAUGGUGGCAGGCACUUCCUCCUAACAAGAAGGAAGUAUUUAAAGAAAAUAUAAGGAAGAAUAAAUGGAAGCUAUUCCUUGGUUUGAGUAGUUUUGGAUUGCUGUUUGUGGUGUUUUAUUUUACUCACCUGGAAGUAAGUCCAAUCACAGGAAGGAGCAAGCUACUAUUAUUGGGGAAAGAGCAGUUCAGACUUUUAUCAGAACUGGAAUAUGAAGCAUGGAUGGAAGAAUUUAAAAAUGAUAUGCUAACUGAGAAAGAUGCCCGAUACCUGGCUGUUAAAGAAGUGCUUUGUCAUCUAAUUGAAUGCAAUAAAGAUGUUCCAGGGAUCUCUCAGAUCAAUUGGGUUAUUCAUGUGGUUGAUUCCCCAAUUAUUAAUGCCUUCGUGCUUCCAAAUGGACAAAUGUUUGUUUUCACUGGAUUUUUAAAUAGUGUAACUGAUAUUCAUCAACUUUCUUUCCUUCUGGGCCAUGAAAUAGCACAUGCAGUACUUGGGCAUGCUGCAGAAAAGGCUGGCAUGGUUCAUUUGUUGGAUUUCCUAGGUAUGAUUUUCCUCACAAUGAUUUGGGCCAUUUGUCCUCGAGAUAGCUUGGCACUUUUGUGCCAGUGGAUACAGUCUAAAUUGCAGGAGUAUAUGUUUAAUAGACCAUACAGCAGAAAAUUGGAGGCCGAAGCUGACAAAAUUGGACUACUGCUUGCUGCAAAGGCUUGUGCAGACAUAAGAGCCAGUUCAGUGUUUUGGCAGCAAAUGGAGUUUGUUGAUAGCCUGCAUGGCCAACCCAAGAUGCCAGAAUGGUUAUCUACACACCCUUCUCAUGGCAAUCGAGUUGAGCACUUGGAUAGACUUAUACCUCAGGCUUUGGUAUCAGGAUGAUGCUGGCCUCAUAAAAUGAGUUAGGGAGGAUUCUCUCUUUUUCUGUUGACUGGAAUAGUUUCAGAAGGAAUGGUACCAGCUCCUCCUUGUACCUCUGGUAGAAUUCGGCUGUGAAUCCGUCUGGUCCUGGACUUUUUUUGGUUGGUAAGCUAUUAAUUAUUGCCCCAAUUUCAGAGCCUGUUAUUGGUCUAUUCAGAGAUUCAACUUCUUCCUGGUUUAGUCUUGGGAGAGUGUAUGUGUCCAGGAAUUUAUCCAUUUCUUCCAGAUUUUCUAGUUUAUUUGUGUAGAGGUGUUUAUAGUAUUCUCUGAUGGUAGUUUGUAUUUCUGUGGGAUCGGUGGUGAUAUCCCCUUUAUCAUUUUUUCUUGCGUCUAUUUGAUUCUUCUCUUUUCCUCUUUAUUAGUCUUGCUAGCGGUCUAUCAAUUUUGUUGAUCUUUUCAAAAAACCAACUCCUGGAUUCAUUGAUUUUUUGAAGGGUUUUUUGUGUCUCUAUUUCCUUCAGUUCUGCUCUGAUCUUAGUUAUUUUCUUGCCUUCUGCUAGCUUUUGAAUGUGUUUGCUCUUGCUUCUCUAGUUCUUUUAAUUGUGAUGUUAGGGUGUCAAUUUUAGAUCUUUCCUGCUUUAUCUUGUGGGCAUUUACUGCUAUAAAUUUCCCUCUACACGCUGCUUUGAAUGUGUCUCAGAGAUUCUGGUAUGUUGUGUCUUUGUUCUCGUCGGUUUCAAAGAACAUCUUUAUUUCUGCCUUCAUUUUGUUAUGUACCCAGUAGUCAUUCAGGAGCAUGUUGUUCAGUUUCCAUGUGGUUGAGUGGUUUUGAGUGGGUUUCUUAAUCCUGAGUUAUAGUUUGAUUGCACUGUGGUCUGAGAGACAGUUUGUUAUAGUUUCUGUUCUUUUACAUUUGCUGAGGAGUGCUUUACUUCCAACUAUGUGGUCAGUUUUGGAAUAGGUGUGGUGUGGUGCUGAAAAGAAUGUAUAUUCUGUUGAUUUGGGGUGGAGAGUUCUGUAGAUGUCUGUUAGGUCCACUUGGUGCAGAGCUGAGUUCAAUUCCUGGAUAUCCUUGUUAACUUUCUGUCUCAUUGAUCUGUCUAAUGUUGACAGUGGGGUGUUAAAGUCUCCCAUGAUUAUUGUGUGGGAGUCUAAGUCACUUUGUAGGUCUCUAAGGACUUGCUUUAUGAAUCCGGGUGCUCCUGUAUUGGGUGCAUAUAUAUUUAGGAUAGUUAGCUCUUCUUGUUGAAUGGAUCCCUUUACCAUUAUGUAGUGGCCUUCUUUGUCUCUUUUGAUCUUUGUUGGUUUAAAGUCUGUUUUAUCAGAGACUAGGAUUGCAACCCCUGCCUUUUUUUUGUUUUCCAUUUGCUUGGUAGAUCUUCCUCCAUCCCUUUAUUUUGAGCCUAUGUGUGUCUCUGCAUGUGAGAUGGGUUUCCUGAAUACAGCACGCUGAUAGGUCUUGACUCUUUAUCCAAUUUGCCAGUCUGUGUCUUUUGAUUGGAGCAUUUAGCCCAUUUACAUUUAAGGUUAAUAUUGUUAUGUGUGAAUUUGAUGCUGUCAUUAUGAUGUUAGCUGGUUAUUUUGCUCGUGAGUUGAUGCAGUUUCUUCCUAGCCUCGAUGGUCUUUACAAUUUGGCAUGUUUUUACAGUGGCUGGUACCGGUUGUUCCUUUCCAUGUUUAGCGCUUCCUUCAGGAGCUCUUUUAGGGCAGGCCUGGUGGUGACAAAAUCUCUCAGCAUUUGCUUGUCUGUAAAGUAUUUUAUUUCUCCUUCACUUAUGAAGCUUAGUUUGGCUGGAUAUGAAAUUCUGGGUUGAAAAUUGUUUUCUUUAAGUAUGUUGAAGGGCUGGGUGCAGUGGCUCACGCCUGUAAUCCCAGCACUUUGGGAGGCUGUGGUGGGUGGAUCACGAGGUCAGGAGAUUGAGACCAUCCUGGCUAACAUGGUGAAACCCCAUCUCUACUAAAAAUACAAAAAAAAUUAGCCAGGCAUGGUAGUGGGUGCCUGUAGUCCCAGCUACUCGGAAGGCUGAGGCAGGAGAAUGGUGUGAACCCAGGAGGCAGAGCUUGCUGUGAGCUGAGAUCGCGCCACUGCACUCCAGCCUGGGCGAGAGCGAGACUC